AUGCAAUAGAGUAUCACCUCCAUGGACACAAACGACAAUAGCAAUCUUGCUACUUUUUGUUCUGCAAAAGGGUAAAUUAUGACUUGGGAGUAUUCUACUUUAAUGCAGCCUAGUUUUGUAGAUUCUGCAUUUAUCACAAACUUUGGAUCAUGUAAUACAAUCAAAUUUUUAGGUAAUAGUACGGCUCUUAUUUUAUUCUAAAACUCUAUUGUUGCUAUAGAUGUUAUUUUAUUAAAAGUUUUGAAUACUUGGAAUUUUAUAAAUCCCAGUUCAAAAAUGCUAUCCUAGGUAGUUGAUAUUAGCUUUGUCACAAAUGACCCAAACGAUAAUGUUUACGUAAUUGGAGGAAUCACUAGUUAAAUGUCAGCUACUUUUCUAUAUUAGGCAUUUGCAUUAUUUAAGAAUUAAACAGGAGUCUUUUAAGUAAUAGGUGCUAGUAAAAUAAACAAAUUAUUCCCUGUUUACAAAUCUGUUAAUCCAGCAAAUCUUGCAAUAGGAUAUACCUUCAAAGUGUGCUUUGUUAUAGGUAUAUAUACUGUCAUAUAAGAUUAUUACUUUAAUAUGGGUAAUUAAGCUAAUUUUAUGUAUGGAGUUGGAGAUUCUCAAAAUGUUAUAAUGAAUACUUUUUAGUUAAUUAAAUCAGAUUAAUUUUAUUUUUAUGGUGAUUAAAGUGGUUAAAUUGCUUUGGAUAUCACAAGAAGGUAGCUUUAUCAAAAUGUAUAUGAACUGAAUGCAGAUUAAAAACAAUAAAAUGACUAUAUCCAAGGAGUGUAUUAAAGUCUUUUACUCUAAAAAUACUUUAUAGUAAAAUCUAAUAUUCUUGUUUAUGACUUAUUAACAGAUCAAUACAUCGAAUAAAUAGAUAUUUAGUCAAAUUCUAAAAUUAUAUCUUUUUAAAUUUUAGAACAAUAACAAUCAAUUAUUUUUAUUAAAGGAAACACACUUUUUUAUAAAAAUUACAAAGAGAAUAAGCUUUAUACUUAUAGUAGCUUAUCUAAAGUUACAAAUUAUGUGUUAGAUAGUACCAAUAUUUUCCUAUAUGGUACAAAUUUAGCUAUAUUAAAUUUUGAUAUGUAAGAGAAACUUUUGAUAAAUAGCAAUUAAAAUGUUAUUUAAUAAUGUAAACAGCGUUUUAUUGAUAAAGGUUAUUUUUUUCAAAUUGAUGAGCUUUUUUAGAGAAUAAUCCUUUAUUCUUAAAAUAUUGAAGUUUACAAUUUUGCUGGAUUUUUGUAGCUUUAUAUCAAUACAAUAAACUCUCCAAUUUAAGACUUAUAGAUAUUAUAAAAUGAUAUAUCUGCGUAGUUGACUAUCUACAUUAACGUUUAUGAUAGAACUUCAUUUAACUUUAGAGGAUAGAUUGUAGCUGCAGGAGGAGGAAAUAUCAUAUCACAAAAAUAUGUUCCACCUUUAAAUUAAAUAAUAUUUUAUACCUCAACUCUAAGAUUUGCAUAGUUUUUCGCAUUUAAUUUAGAUACUCUUUAGACAGUUGUGUCAUUUAAAAGCCCUUUAAAUACUCCCUCAAGUACAGUUGCUUGUUAAUAUGAUAAAGACUAAGGUAUCUACAUCUUGCUUGACUCAGGAGGAAAUUUUUAUUUAAUUAAUUAACAAAUAUAGCAAGUCUAAUUAGCAAGAUUAGUUGAAUAUGAUUAAAAUUCAAGUUAUCAAAUUCUAGGAUAUUCUAUUAACUACGAAAAUAAUAAUGUUUUUAUUUAUUCUUAGACUCAAGUUUUUAAUCUUUACUUAGAAGAACUCAACAGCUAAGCUAGAAAGUAUGUAGUGAAUAAAAAAUAAUUAUUUUCUUAAAUAACUAUAAACUCUGAUUCUGUUAAUCAAAAUGGAUUUAUAAUAGCAGGAGAUUAAGGCCUAUUAUAUAAAUAUUAAAAUUCUGUAUUUGAAUAUUUUUAUUAAUUUAAUUAAGAAAUUCUAGAAGUUAUUUAUAACUAAAGCUUGGAGUUACUGAUAAUAGCUCUCACUGAUCGAUUCAUACUAUUUUAGAAUUUUGAUUCAAGUUCUUUAGGUACGUAGAACCCAUGGUAAUAAAAUAGCUAAAAAGAAAUUAUUGUAAGUGGAAUGUUUUAGUAAUUUAUUUGCUAAGACAUUUAUUUGACUAAAGAUAGGCAAAUUUACCACUACGAUUUCGUAAAUUAAGUAAUUUUAGGUAAAAUAUCUUUUCAAGAUUCUUAGACAUUGAUAUUAUAGAAAAUCUGCUCAGUUAAUAAACCAUAUCUCUAUCUAGGAUCAAAUAUAGGAAAAGUAUUGAUAUACAAUUAAAACACUAAAAAUUAAAUAAUUGUAAACUUGUUGGAAAAUUAAGUAUAAGUAAACGAUUCUCAGAUAGGAAAAUUAAUUGAGACUUCUACUGAUUUGUGGGUUUGCUUUGCAAGCUCGGUUGGAGUUUAUAAAAUUAGCCUAAUAGAUUUUAGUUUUUAGCAAAUUGUUUAGUUUAAUAGCCUCACAACAUACAAAUAUAAUGAAUACCUAAAUAUAUUGAUUUUUGAUGUAGAUGAGUAAUAUAAUAGGUUUUUUUUAAGUUUUCUUGGAGAAAAACUAAUGAGAGUAUUUGAUUUAUCAGGAAACAUUAUUAACCUAAUUUCUUUACCUGGAAGAACAUACAAUAAUUUGCAAAUAAACACUUCUCAUUUACUAGCUUACACCUUUUUUCAUAUAAUGAUUUAUGAUAGAUAAACUCUUCAAUACAUCUAAAGAAUUAGGAGAGAUAAUUUCUAUGACUUUAUCACAGAUAUAAUAGAAAUAGAAAGUUAAUAUAUUCUAAUUGUCACCUAUACUAAGUAUGAACUAUUCCAAAUCUAGUAUUAAGCUUCUGAAGCAUUGCUAAUGGAUUAAAUUUAACUUUAGUAUCCUUCUUUUAUGGGAUAUAAAAUAAACUAUGGAUAGUAAUAAAAUAAAAUUUUAGGCUUAUCAGUAAUACUACUUUCAUCUAAUUAAAUAUAAGAACAAAGGUAUAAUCUUGUGUAUGAAAACAUACAGGACUAAAAUAAGAUAUGUAGUGUAGAUAUUGCGGUGAGUACAUUCUAAGAUGUAUCCUUUUCAAUUAAUACAAUAAAACCAGUGUCUUUUCCAGAUUCAUCUCAAAGGUCUAUGAUACCUGUAUAGGAUUCAAGCUUAAAUAACUACUGGAAUGUUUAAUUAGUUAAUAGCGAUUUGAGGAAUAUAGACUUUAAAAGUACUGCAAACAGUCUUGCUUAAGUUUAUUCUGAUAAUAAUCUAACAAAUUAAUAAGUAUUAAAUCCAAUUAUAAUCUACAAUGACUCUUUUUUGUGGUACAUUAAAGAGGAACUUUAAAUGAGAGAUUUUAGCUUUAUUUUUUAGAAUUAGGUUGGAUAAAUAAAAUUCAACUAAUAAUCUCUAAGUGUUAUAUUAAAUAACAUUUAAAUAUAAUCUUAAAAUAUGAGCAAUACAACACUUUUAUUUACAAACAUGUCAAAUGUAGUAAUAAAUGGACUUCAUUUGACAAAGUUAUAAAGAAAUUAAACUUAAAGUAAUGAGAGUGAUGCCUUAAUGUAUUUUCUUAAUGUGACUAAUGUCAAUAUUUAUAAUUUAAGUCUAGACAAUAGUUAAAUGAUAAAUUCUUCUUUCAACGGUUUAAUAUCAGCUAAAAAUGUUUAGAAUUUUAUUUUAUCAAAUUUAAUGAUUUAAAAUGCAGAAAUUUAUCAUUUAUUCAAUUUUAUCUAAGUUUAUAACCUUACUAUAAAUAACUUGCAAAUUACUAAUUGCUUUUAUGCUUAAACUAAUGCAGACAAACAAAUUAUUAACAUUAUUGGAGUUGUCAACUCAAUCCUAUCAGAUAUUUUAAUGAAUUAUAAUACGAAUUUACUAUUCAUAAGGACAAGUAAUAUUUACGAUGAUACAAGUAUUUAAUAUAGUAUUUAUACUGAUACAUUAAAUAUUACAAAUUUAAAAUUACAGUAAAAUAAUAUUAGUGAUUCAGAUUAAUAAUCUCUUGUGAAUAUCUAAAGUUCUUUUUGUUAUUUAGAGAAUAUUACUUUCUCUAAAAAUUAAGGAAAUUUAAAAAUACUCUAAUCUUAAUACUUGAAUAUAUCUAAUAGCUUAUUUGAAUACAAUUAGUGCUUAAAUGGAGGAGCUCUAGCAGUUAUUUCUAGUAUAAACUAGGUUAAAAUAUAUAAAAGUUAGUUUAUUCACAAUUUAGCAUUUGCAAGUGGAGGAGCAAUUUAUUUAGAGAAUACAAAUGCCUCAAUUUUUUUUGACUCAUAGGUUUUAAUAACUUAAAAUAAAGCUCUUAUUGGAGGAGGAGUUAGACUUUAUAACAAUCAAUUAAAUUACCCAUAAGAAAUUCAAAGGAAUUAUAAAAAUUUUAUUUUUGGUAACGAAGCUGACUUAUAUGGAAAGAAUUUUGCAACUUUCCUUCAAUAAGCAGUUAUUGGAGUAUUAUAAGAAGAACCGAGUAAAUUAAGUGGGGAUUCUAACAAUUCAGCAAAUUUUAUAUCAUACAAUAUAUCAUCAUUUGAAGAAAUGAACUAAGCUGAUUAGAAAUAAUACUAACAAAUACUUGAAAUAUUUAAUUUUUAGAGUGGAGGUUUAAUCAAUCUUUAUAUAAAAUUAAUUGACUCAGAAGGAACAUAUUUGAAUUUUUCUUUUGAUUCUUUCUAUUAUAAAAAAUUCCCUGAAUCUAUAAUAGAAGAAUUAUAAAUCUACUAAUUUAAAUUGCAAUCUUAAACUCUUAAUUAACAAGUCUUGAUCAAUGGUCCGAAUGUUGUAACUUCUUUUGAUUAUAAUGACUCAAAUAAAUAAUUUAUUUUUUGGCAAAUCCAAAUAACAAGUAUACCUAAUAAAACUACGUAUUUAAUUAUUUAACCUAACUACACUCCUACUAAUAUUAAUGUCCUCCCUAUACAAAUAAAAAUUAACAUGAGAAUAUGCUAAAUAGGGGAAAUCAUUAAACAAAUCGAAGCAAAUAUAUUUAGUUGCUAUUCUUGUCCUUUAGGAUCAUAUUCUCUAAUUGAUACUGCCCAAGAUCUAAUUUUAGUAAAUCAAUAAUAAGGAAAUACAAGUUAAAAUAAAUAAAUUACUUUACAUGACUGCUAAAAAUGUCCUUAAGAAGCUUAAAGCUGUUAAAAUAGUACUAUUAUUUUAAGAAAUGGAUACUGGAGGAUAAACAACACAUCUACAGAAAUUAUAGAAUGUUCUUUACCAUAUAAUGCAUGCAAUUAAUAGGACUAGACAAGUAGGAAUGGUUGUCUUAUAGGAUACAAAGGGCCAACGUGCAGAGUUUGUGAUUUAGAAGGAGAAGUUUGGGAUGGAGAAAGAAAAAUGGGAAUAUUGCCUAUUUCAAGGAAUUGUAUCAGAGAUCAGUCUCCCUUCUAUCUAAAAAUACUAAUCAACUAUAUUUAAAUUUCAUCCUUUUUAACUAAUUUCUCUAUUAGCCCCUUCCCAAAUAUGGUUCUUUUUGUUUCAGAAUUUUUAGGAAAUGCUAAUGCUUAAGUGAUCAAAAGGUUUCCCUGCUUAAUCAGUUAGGAGUCGAUAAAAAAAUAUGGUUAUGCUCAUAUCAACCAAAUUAUAGAAGCUUCUUUACCAGUAUUGACUCUGAUAAUACUCUUAAUGAUACUGAAUAUCUUUAGAAUAUUUAACAUAUUUAAACCAAAUUAAAUCAAGUUCUUUACAAAGCAGCUUUCUUGUACAAAAAUAGGCUCUUAAAAUUAUGUCAGCUCAGACUUGACCAUAUUAUGUGGAGACCCAGAUUAUAACUAUUUCACAUAUAUUAUAUCAAUACCGUUACUUGUCGUUUGGAUAACUUACCCUCUAGUAAUAUUUAAGCUUUUAUAAAAAAGAUCUAAAAAACUUUAAACUUGUUAUACACUUUUCUAUUUUGGCUAUUAUUAUCAAGAGUAUAAAGAAAACUUUUAUUACUGGGAAUUUAUAAGAAUAUAUUUAAGAAUUAUUGUAGCCGUUAUUAUCACUCUUAGCACUUAGUCUAACUUUAUCAAUUAUUAAAUUAUUAUUAUGCUACUUGUUGUAUACCUUAAGCUUACGCUUACUCUUAAUCCUAUCAGAAAUAUCUGGUUAUAAAAGCUUGAGUUUAACUCCAAAACUAUUAUAGGGUAGUUUUUUGGAAAGUUUCUGCACUACCAAAAUAGCAUUUAGAAUAGCAGCAGUCCCUUAUUUUAGAAAAUAUCAUUAAUAAAUUAAGUUUAAAUCUCUGUUCAAACAGAGAUAUCUAAACUCAAAAGUGGAACUAAAUAAUAUAAAAGCUUCUAAGUAUAAAGUAGCGGUAAUCAAACUAACAUCAAAGAAGAAAUUAUAAUUAAAAGUAAAGAAAAGCAAGAAUUACCAGAUAUAUUUUCCUCUCAGCAAAUCCCUUAGUAUGUUGACGAAAUAAGUGAAUCAUAAUUGGUACUUGAAAAUAGCGUUAAUCAAAAUUAACGACUGGAAUAAAGCUAUUAAACCUAGUUUAAAUAAAAGAAAAAUUUAGAUUAAAAGUAAUUAAAAUUCUGA